AUGGCGACGAACAGCGCGGUGAUGGUGCUCCUCCUCCUCGCUGCCGCCGUACUCGCCUGCGCGGGCGGCGCGCGCGGGUUCUACCUCCCCGGCGUCGCCCCGCCGAUUUCCGAAAGGUCUCUCCUCCUUUGUUCUUCUUCUUCCUCUGUGUUUCGAUUUUGUGUUUUUGCUAGCUGGGUUGGUUUGUUGAUCUCGAAGGACCCGCUCGCCGUGAAGGUGAACCAGCUGAGCUCCAUCAAGACGCAGCUGCCCUACUCCUACUACUCCCUCCCCUUCUGCAAGCCGGGCACCAUCGUCGACAGCGCCGAGAAUCUCGGCGAGGUGCUCCGCGGCGACCGCAUCGAGAAUUCACUCUACGUGUUCGAGAUGAUGGAGCCUAGACUGUGCCAGAUCGUGUGCAAGAUUGCUCCGAACGAAGAUGAAGCGAAGGAUCUGAAGGAGAAAAUUGAGGAUGAGUACCGCAUAAACAUGAUCCUUGACAACCUUCCUUUGGUGGUCCCAAUUAAGAGAUUGGAUCAAGAGGCACCUACUGUAUACCAACAAGGUGUGCAUAUCGGCAUCAAGGGACAGUACUCAGGGAGCAAGGAGGAGAAGCAUUUCAUUCACAACCACUUCACAUUUCUGGUGAAGUAUCACAAGGAUGCGAACACAGAUCUUGCCAGGAUUGUUGCCUUUGAGGUUAAACCAUACAGUAUUAAGCAUGAACCUGAUGGUGACUGGAGGGGGAAUGCUACACCCCUUAAAACCUGUGAUCCACACUCAAGACGCCUUGUCGUAGACUCUGAUUCACCUCAAGAAGUAGAUGGCAACAAAGAGAUCAUUUUCACCUAUGAUGUGAACUUUGAGGAAAGUCCUAUCAAGUGGGCAUCACGCUGGGACACCUACCUUCUGAUGGCAGACGACCAAAUCCAUUGGUUUUCUAUUGUCAAUUCACUGAUGAUAGUCCUCUUCCUCUCUGGGAUGGUUGCCAUGAUCAUGCUCCGGACUCUUUACCGCGACAUCAACAAGUACAACCAGUUAGAGGACCAGGAGGACGCCCAGGAGGAGACAGGAUGGAAGCUUGUCCAUGGAGAUGUGUUCAGGCCUCCUGCCAAUGCUGACCUGCUGUGCGUAUAUGUCGGUACAGGCGUACAGUUCUUUGGAAUGCUGCUUGUCACCUUGCUGUUUGCCAUCCUCGGGCUCCUUUCACCUUCGAACCGUGGAGGGCUCAUGACAGCAAUGCUCCUCCUCUGGGUCUUCAUGGGGCUGUUUGCAGGGUACGCCUCCUCGCGCCUUUACAGGAUGUUCAAGGGCUCAGAGUGGAAGAAUGUCACCAUCAAGACGGCGCUGAUGUUCCCUGGCAUCGUGUUUGCAAUUUUCUUCAUCCUGAAUGCACUCAUCUGGGGCGAAAAAUCCUCAGGUGCCGUGCCAUUCACCACCAUGUUUGCUCUGGUGCUCCUCUGGUUCGGCAUCUCCGUGCCAUUGGUCUUUGUCGGCAGCUACCUUGGCUUCAAGAAGCCUGCCAUGGAGGACCCAGUGAGGACAAACAAGAUACCACGGUCAAUACCCGAGCAGCCAUGGUACAUGAACCCGGUCGUCUCGGUGCUGAUCGGAGGCAUCCUGCCCUUUGGCGCAGUGUUCAUCGAGCUCUUCUUCAUCCUGACAUCAAUCUGGCUGCACCAGUUCUACUACAUCUUUGGGUUUCUGUUCCUGGUCUUUGUCAUCCUGAUCCUAACCUGUGCGGAGAUCACCAUCGUGCUUUGCUACUUCCAGCUCUGCGGUGAGGACUACCAGUGGUGGUGGAGAUCCUACCUGACGUCUGGCUCGUCAGCGCUGUACCUCUUCCUGUACGCCACGUUCUACUUCUUCACCAAACUGGAGAUAACGAAGACGGUCUCCGGCGUGCUCUACUUUGGCUACAUGCUCAUCGCCUCCUACGCCUUCUUUGUGCUCACCGGCACCAUCGGCUUCUAUGCCUGCUUCUGGUUUACCAGGCUCAUCUACUCUUCAGUCAAGAUCGACUAG